GUCCUCCCCAUCGUCCAGGUACAUCAUAUCUAUGUCUGUUAUUCAUAAGCCAACCGCAUGAGAUGCAGGGCACGCUCAGUUACCUCCUAGCUACGCUGUGAGACUGAUCGUUUUCCAUGCCUACAACAUUGAAUAAAUUGUACCAUUACAGUAACUGGUCCAAUAAAUAAAAACUUGUAUCUAUUUAUAAUGAGAAACCCGGUAUGGACAGCAAACUUGUAUCAAAGAUGGUAGCUUAUGGCAAUGAGGUGUGUUUAUGUUUUUGGUUUGUUAAUGGCAGGAAGCGGAUGGAAAGAAGAUUCAGAUCCAGCUGACAGGGUUCAUGGAAAAGAACACAGUGAAGUUCAUGAAGGAGCUGUGGAGCCUUCUCCUCAGUGCGCAGCAGAAUGCCAGUGGGGUGCCUCAACAGUUUCUGGAUGAAAAGGAGGCUGAGAUACAUCAGAAAAAGUACUUGAAGUAUCUCUAUGUUCAAGCUGCUACUCCAGCUGUGCAAGGGCGUGGGUUUUGUUCACGGCCGCGGGGUGCUCCACCGUGAUCUGAAACCGCACAACCUGCUCAUGGACCGCAAGACCAUGGCGCUCAAGAUCGCUGACCUCGGACUCAGCCGUGCCAUCACCGUCCCUGUAAAGAAGUACACGCACGAGAUUCUGACGCUGUGGUACAGGGCGCCCGAGGUUCUUCUUGGCGCCACACACUACACGCCGGUUGACAUUUGCUGAGUUGGUUACUAAUCAGCCACUUUUCCCUGGCGACUCCGAGUUACAGCAGCUCCUCCACAUCUUCAAGUAAUGCCUCCAGUGCUUUAGUUCGUUGUUUGCAUUCUGAAUUCUUGGUGGGUGUCUAAUGCUCCAUCUUGUUCUUUGGGUGAAAGGUUGCUGGGCACCCCAAAUGAGGAGAUGUGGCCAGGAGUAGGCUCCAUCUUGUUCUAGACCUUUUUCUAAAUCAUAUUUUUACUCGUCCAGGCUUUAUACAUAUGUUAUUAUUGCACUA